AUGGCCUACGUCGAAGCUCUCCAGCUCACGGGGACGCAGCUUGUGAGCUUCGUGGACCUGCAGUGCCGCUUCGACGGCGAGCUCGUCAGGACCCUCACAGCACUGGCGACGCCCUUGCUCCCCAUCCUGGUGUUGUUUUCUUGCUCGUGCCUGGAGAUCUGCUCCCUUGGUACAGGAGUCAGCAUGGCUUUGAAUGUUCUGACGGUGCUCUUUGUGGGUGGUGCCUCGGGGGCCGUGCAGCUUCUCGGCUGCCAAGACCACGAUGGCGAAGGAAGAGAGAUCCCGAAGGAGUCUGCUUUCCGGACUCUCUUCCCACAUUUGCUGUGCGCCGACAGCACCGGAAUGGUAGACCGAAUCGGUUUUGGCAGCGGGGCUAUCUAUGGCGUUGUCAUCCCGCUCUUUCUGGCCUUCCUCUUUCUCAAGCAGAAUGCGGACGAACACGGACAGCGCAAGUCAUGUUCGGAGAGGCAAAGCAAAACCUUCUUGGCGAGCGCCAGUCGUGGGAAGACAAACAACGAAGUGCGACUGAACAUCUCCUUCGGCGAUGAGUCCAAGCGCUUCAAGGGCGAGAUCUUCGAGAAGCGCCUGCUUGCAGCCGCAGCAGCGCAUUUGGCGGUAAGCGUUCGAGGCCGCGCCUCCGUCGAGUUGUGCAACGAUGCCAUGCCGCUUGGCCACGCUAUGGGCCAGAAAGGCGUAGAGUAUUUCCAUUGCGGAUCCAUUGCGGACCCAGGGAUCGUGAUCCCUACGGAGAACAGCGGUGUGGAGUCUGAAUUUCCCGCAGAAAGCAUCAUUAUGGAAACCGACAAGACGGAAGCGGACGUGGUCCGCCGACAUGCGCUGAUGCAGAUGCUGACGGAAAGAAGCAUCCUCGAGGAGGUCGAGUCCGACAGAAGCUUGUCUGAGACAGGCAUGAUCCUGCAAGGAGUGAUCGUGGGUGCUAAACAGCUGCUCAGCAAAUACGCCGCUUCCCUGCACGAUUCGUCAGGCUGGGAACAGAGGAUAGAGCCUUUCAGAGCCAGCUGCAACAACGUCUGGAUGGAGGUGGCAUUGAAGCUCGCCUCCGCAGUCCUGGUCUCCGCACCUGAUCUCCAAGUUUUUGUUGUGGUGCUUGAGGUAGUCGCCACCGAAGACGGCAUGUGGCUUUCGGUGGCCGUCACCCUGGGCAUGGCCCUCAUCAUCGGCGUGGCACGGCCCUUCGCGCUGCCCCAGGAACAUGGAGACGUCAGCUGGCAACCCAACCAAGGCGAAAAAUGUGCUCCCUUUGUUUUAGUCGACUGCGGCUUGGCAGUGGCCUCCGUGGGCUUCGCACGCCGGGACCGGCUCCUCCCGAAGUUGCGGGGUGGCCUUGGCAUUUCUGGGCAUUUCUUGUUGCCGCCGUGUUGGGUCCACGUCCUGGCCCCAGUGCUGCUCGCGGCCUUCCAGCUGCUGCGCCCAGACUCCACCGAGGCAUUGGCGCUACGCCUGCAACAGGCCAGGGCUGCACAGCUGGCGGAGUUAGACCCCUUUCGCAUCCCGACACUGUUGAGCAGUUCCUUGUCACAAGUCUUGUUGGAAGUUUGGAUUCCGCUUGCCUGCCUCAUCUCCAUACCCUCCACAUCGCUAGAUGAACGAGACAUCCGUGAUCUCGAGCAGAAGCUGCCUGCCUUGCGCCGCGGUGAGUGCGUCGAGGAGGAGCUGCAGACUUUUUUGCAUCAAGUGCAUCUGGUGUCCUGCUGGACAGAAACAGCAGGUGGUUCACCUUCAUACCCCGAGAGCCCGAUAUGCAGGUUGUCCAUGAACCAGGAAACUCCCAUGAAGGUUCAGAUGCAGUCCCGCAGUAGUCUGGCCCUGAAGAUAGAGACCUGGGAUGUCUGUAGGGCCUUAGCAGUGCAACCGGCUUCCUGCGGUGCCCUGAACCAGUGGGACAUGGAGAGAGCCCCGCCGCCGAGGGCGCUGCGCUGGGGUCGGGAUCGGAACAUCAACGAGCUCAGGCAAGGUGCUCCGUCUGAUUCCGAUGGCUUUGCGUCCGGGCUUUCCCUGACCGACCAAGAGGGCACUUCUGCACGGGCAGCUGCGUGCGUGGAGGCUGUCCUCCUCCACGCGCUGCGGGGCCUCGGCCUCCGAGGCGAUGGGCCGCCCUGCAGCUGGCCAGGAAUCCGCUGUGAGGACGGGUGCGUGACCCGGAUCGCUCUGAGGAAGUCGCAAGCCAUGGGGAACAUCAAAUCCCUCCAAAACCUCACGACGCUCCGGUACCUGGACCUCCAGCAGACGCAGGUCGUCGGCGACCUGCGAGCCUUCUCCCCACUCACCCAGCUCCAGGGCCUGGACCUCCGGCAGACGCAUUUCGGCGGCGACCUGCGAGCCCUCUCCCCACUCACCCAGCUCCGAGCCCUGAAUCUCCAGCAGACGCAGGUCGCCGGCGACCUGCGAGCCCUCUCCCCACUCACCCAGCUCCUUUCCCUGAACCUCCAGCAGACGCAGGUCGCCGGCGACCUGCGGGCCCUUUCCCCACUCACCCAGCUCCGGGUCCUGCACCUCCAGCAGACGCAGGUCGCCGGCGACCUGCAAGCCCUCUCCCCUUUCACCCAGCUCCGGGUCCUGCAGCUCCAGCAGACGCAGGUCGCCGGCGACCUGCAAGCCCUAUCCCCUUUCACCCAGCUCCGGGUCCUGUACCUUCAGCAGACGCAGGUCGCCGGCGACGUGCGAGCUUUCUCCCCACUCACCCAGCUCCAUUUCAUUUACCUCCAGCAGACACAGGUCGCCGGCGAUCUGCAAGCCCUCUCCCCACUCACCCAGCUCCGGGUCCUGGACCUCCAGCAGACGCAGGUCGCCGGCGACCUGCGAGCCCUCUCCAACCUGACCGAGGCUUUAGAGCUGCUUCUGGGUCAGAGCUGCAUCCGCGGGCAUCUGAGCAGCUUGCGAGAGAUGCGGAAGCUGAAGGUCCUCAACCUUGCCGGGCUGCAGGAAGUCGAAGGGGAGUUGGGUUUGCUCCGAGGUUGGCCGGCCCUCGAGAAGGUGGACCUCUCGGAAACGGGUAUCACCAGCUUUAUUUCAUAUGCCCAUUGGCGGCGCUGCUGCAAAGAGCUGCGUGAGAUGAAGUUGGCAGCCGCGCUCUCAGUGGAGUUUUCCGGGAGCCGAGUGGGCGGUUUGCAGCCGGUGGAAAGCCUGGACCUUUCCACGACAAACCGCUUGCUGCCCAGCCUUCAAAUCCUCGUGAGCAACUGCUCCCUCAACGGCUCCGUGGCGGAGCUCCUACUGCCCUUGGCAGCGACGCCCGUCACGAGCCUCUUUGCCGCCGGAAGCGGGCUCCAUGGCGAGCUGCCGACGCUGAACGCGCUGGCUUUGUCUGUCGACGGUGUGUUGUGGGCAGCUUGGCCAAGCACUUUGGGCGAGGCGCUGCAAGUGCUAGACCUAUCAAAGAACAGCAUCGCCCGCCUCCGCUCGCCUCCCUCGGCCCUGCGCAUCCUCAGCCUCAGCUACAAUGCAAUCCCCAUGACCAUCGACAAGGUUGCCCUGGCUGAAGCAGUCCGAUCCCGACUAGACUUGAACCUCCAGGGCACGGAGUUGGCAAACCGAUCGCGAGAGGAAGUGCGGCAGCUGCUCGGGAAGGAGCUGGAAACCAGCCAGUCAAGGCCGUUCGCAAAUGCGGCUGGCGGCUACGCCUGUGCCGAGCUCACCCUCGCCUCCCUGAAGGUCACGCCGGAUCUGUUCCUCCCCGAUCAGAUGUGCGUGUGCUCGCGGGGCUAUGCCGGGAGGGGCACCGCAUGCAAAGCAUGCCCAGCCGAUACCUUCACAGACAGGGAGGGUCAGCCGCAAUGCGAGGAGUGCCCAGCGAACAGCAUCGCGCCCCAAACGUCGGCCUCGUGUGAGUGCAAGUUCGGGCAGCUUCGGGGUCCCGAAGGCAACAGGAGCUGCCAAUGCGACCCCCAAACGGCACUGCUGAAAGACCAUUGCUCCCCGUGCAGCAAGCUGCACCUCCAGUGCCCCCAGAACGGCAGCAUCGCAGAGGCCCGGCAGAAUGAGGUGGCAGACCCCGAGCCUCGCUAUGUGCGCCUGCCAGGGGCGCCCAGGGCGACGGUCUUCGCUUGCUUGGAUCCGCUGCGCUGCCCCGGCAAGGGCCACUGCGCCGCUGGAUACAGUGGCCCGCUGUGCACGGCCUGCGCGCCCACCUACCGCUCCGCGGGCGGCCAGUGCGCAAAGUGCCUGGACUUGGGCACGGAGGCGACCGACUUCCUCCAGGCUGCUGCUGUGGCAAGCCUGCUGCUGGCUCUCCUUGGCACUGCCGCCUACAUGUCGAAGUCCUACGUGCCUCGUCCCAGCUUGGUGGCCCUGUGCGCGGGCCGACUCCUGCUGCCGGAAGGCUUGGUGCUACUGCAGCUGGCGCAGCUUUGGGCUGCUUCCGGGCACCUUGGCAUCCUUGGCGUUCUCGAAAGGUCUGCGGCACAUCUGGUGCAUGUUGCAACCGCCUGCCUGUCCUUGUCACUAUGCUUCUGGUUGUUAAUGGGGGAAGCCUGGGACGGAGAGCAAAGGCGCUUGGCGAAGCAGGCGCAGGGAGCAUGGCAGGAAGCUCCACAGGAAGUGCCCGCGGAAGCAGAGGGCGACUUGUAUGCCAUGAGAAUGGCAUGCGAAGCCAUGAUGGCUUACGUUGAAGCUCUCCAGCUCACGGGGACACAGCUUGUGAGCUUCGUGGACCUACAGUGCCGCUUCGACGGCGAGCUCGUCAGGACCCUCACAGCACUGGCGACGCCCUUGCUCCCCAUCCUGGUGUUGUUUUCUUGCUCGUGCCUGGAGAUCUGCUCCCUUGGUACAGGAGUCAGCAUGGCUUUGAAUGUUCUGACGGUGCUCUUUGUGGGUGGUGCCUCGGGGGCCGUGCAGCUUCUCGGCUGCCAAGACCAAGAUGGCGAAGGAAGAGAGAUCCCGAAGGAGUCCGCUUUCCGGACUCUCUUCCCACAUCUGCUGUGCACCGACAGCACCGGAAUGGUAGACCGCAUCGGUCUUGGCAGCGGGACUAUCUACGGCAUGGUCAUCCCGCUCUUUCUUGCCUUCCUCUUUCUCAAGCAGAAUGUCACCACACGGCAAAGCAAAACCUUCAUUGCGAGCGCCAGUCGUGGGAAGACAAACAACGAAGUGCGAUUGAACAUCUCCUUUUGCGAUGAGUCCAAGCGCCUGGAGGACGAGAUCUUGGAGAAGCGCCUGCUUUCGGCCGCAGCAGCGCACUUGGCGGUCAGCGUUCGGGGCCGCGCCGCCAUCGAGUUGUGCAACGACGCCAUGAUCGUGAUCCCCAUGCAGGAAAACAGCGGUGCGGAGUCUGAGUUUCCAGCAGAAAGCAUCAUUAUGGACAUCGACAAGAAGGAAGCGGACGUCCUCCGCCGAAAUGCGCUCAUGCAGAUGCUGACGGAAAGAAGCAUCCUCGAGGAGGUCGAGUCUGACAGAAGCUUGUCUGAGACAGGCAUGAUCCUGCAAGGUCGUAGCCUAUCUUCUGAAGAUCCUUGA